UUUUGGGAGAAACAGGGAAAAUGUCUGCCAGUGAUCCAAAUUCUGCUAUCUAUGUGACUGAUUCUGCUAAGGACAUAAAGAACAAGAUAAACAGAUAUGCUUUCUCUGGUGGGCAAGAUUCUGUAGAGAAUCACCGAAAAUUUGGGGCAAAUCUUGAGAUAUACCCUUUAAAUACCUUGGCUUUUUCUUGGAGGACGAUAAUGAACUUGAGCACAUCCGAACAGAAGGAAUAUGGUUCAGGCCGUAUGCUUACUGGAGAAGUUAAGAAACGCCUCACUGAAGUUUUAACGGAGCUAGUUGAAAGACACCGCAGGGCCAGAGCUGCUGUGACUAACGACAUGGUCGAUGCAUUCAUGGCGGUCCGUCCACUUCCCAACAUGUUUAACUAAACUUUUAGAAUUUUCUUUACCAUCAUUGGAACACACUUUAAUUUUCUUUAGUAAAUCGC